UGCGUUAGGAGGAAGUCUUUUCUUGUUUUCUGUCAAACCGAACAGAAAUGUAUGCUGAACUGAAACCGCAGACCAGAUGUCAAACCAGCCACGCCUUCUAUCGUUUGUUUAAAUAUCUCCCAGAAUAACAGAGUGAGAGAGAGGACAUACUAUGACUCUAAUAUCAGCAGCAAGAGGAUUUCUAGCUUUCCUUCUGUCAGUACCAGCGCUUCAGGGUAAUGAUGACUGGAGAGUUACGUACUCAUCUAGUAAUGUCUGCGCUUUAAGAGGAGCAAUGGUUGACAUCAACUGCACUUUUGAAUACCCUGACAACGUACAGUACCUCCUGACCACUGUCAGAACACUGUGGUUUACUAAAGGAGACAAGUAUCAGCCAGUUGAUCUGGAACACGAUACAGACUAUACAGGUCGUGUUGAAUCCAGCUGUGGGGAGGUCAGCUGUACCGGGUCCAGAUGUCAUGGAAUAUGUUCCCUGAGAAUCGAAGACCUGAGACAGAGUGACUCUGUUGUCUACAAGUUUAGGUUCACAACAAACCAACCAGGUGGGAAAUAUACUGGGGACCUUGGAGUGACGUUAUCCUUAACAGAUCUCCACGUGAAGGUGUCCUUUCUAUACCCUGAAAAUCCUACCUGGGCAGAGCUGGAGUGUCACAGUAUGUGUGGUCUAGCUGGUGACACUCCCUACAUCUGGAUCAGGAAUGGACAGAAUGUAGGACAGGGAGUGAACUACUGGGAGUAUAUUCAGUCUGAAGGGAGCUAUUCAUGUGCUGUUGAAGGAUACGAACAUCUCACCUCUCCUUUAGUGUGGCUUCAGGGUAAUGGUGACUGGACAGUUACAUACUCAUCUAGUAAUGUCUGUGCUUUAAGAGGAGCAAUGGUUGACAUCAACUGCACCUAUGAAUACCCUGACAACGUACAGUACCGCCCUAACACAGUCAGAACACUGUGGUUUACUAAAGGAGACAAGUAUCAGCCAGUUGAUCUGGAACACGAUGCAGACUAUACAGGUCGUGUUGAAUCCAGCUGUGGAGAGGUCAGAUGUACCGGGUCCAGAUGUCAUGGAACAUGUACCCUGAGAAUCAAAGACCUGAGACAGAGUGACUCUUCCGUCUACAAGUUUAUGUUCGCAACAAAUCAACUAGGUUUGGAAUAUAUUGGUAACCCUGGAGUGAUGUUAUCUGUAACAGAUAUACAGGUAAAGGUGUCCUUUCUUUACCCAACUGAUCCUUCCUAUGCAAAGCUGGAGUGUCACAGUAUGUGUGGCCUAGCUGUUGACCCUCGAUACAUCUGGUUCAGGAAUGGACAGAAUGUAGGACAACGAGUGAACUACUGGGCCUACAUUCAGUCUGGAGACAGCUAUUCAUGUGCUUUUGAAGGAUAUGCACGUCUCCGCUCUCCUUUAGUGUACCCUCCAAAGACCCCCUCAGUGACCAUGAGUCCCUCUGGUGAAGUAGAGGAGGGCAGUUCUGUGACUCUGAGCUGCAGCAUUGAUGCCAACCCAGCAGCUAACUACACCUGGUUCAAGGAACCUGCAAUCCCAGUGAAAGAAUCAGGACAGAACUACACCAUCACUUAUAUUACAUCUGAGCAUGAAGAAAACUAUUACUGCCAAGCUCAUAAUGCAAUAGGACAUCAUAAUUCCACCUCAGUGUUCAUUAAAGGGGCGACAUCAUCUUCAUGGACAACAACAGGAGCUGUGGGAACCAUUUUUGUCUUACUGGCCACCAUACUCCUCCUCGUCUUCCUCUGGAUGAGAAAAAAGAGGGCCUCCAGAAAAGCAUAUGGACAGGGUGGAAGGCCAGAUACUGUGGAGGAGCUACUUCCUGUUCCUGUGUAUGAAAACGUCUCAGCUCGGACCAAUCACUUGGCUCCUGCAGCACAGAGAGAACCAAUAGAAGAGCAGGAUGACCAUCACUCUGCCAUCAUCCCGACCUCUCUCUCAGAGAACCAGGAAGUCCCUCGCUGGUUGGCUGGCUCCCGUGUCCAAUCAAACCAGACAGAUGAGGGACCAGGUCCAGACAGAGAUGGGAGGAACCUCCCAGUUGUAAGCGCCGUCAAAUCAACACCCCAGAGUGCGAAACAGUAGCGGCAGCAGGAUUUAGAUAGUGGGACUCAGUAUAGUGUCUCAUUCAUUCAGGUGAAACUGGACAAUACUUUGGCUGAUUGUUUGCUGCAUAUCCUACUGCACUUUGUUUUCUGUGCAUUAUAAUGCUAUUUUCUACAUCUCUAUCAUUAAUAUGGGAUCUUUGCAUUUUCUUAAUUGUAUUUUUUGAGUUUGGUGAUCCUGUGAUGGUCAUUUUCAUUAUUGCACUAUAUUAAUCAAAUGAUAACAUGAAUAUGAAAGCCUAUCCUAUCACAUUGGAGUUUUAAGAGGUAGUCUUACGUAAUGCUUACAUUAUCAAUAAAAAAACAGACUUCCAUGCCAUGAUAA